AGUACUGAUGCUCGAGCGUUGCGCCUGCGCACUGUGUGUGAGCAGAGUCGGGGGGGACGAUGGUGCUCGACUCCAUCGCCAGGAUCAUUAAAGUGCAGCUGCCGGCCUACCUCCGCGGCCUCCCCGUCCCCGAGACGCUGGGCGGCUUUAUCCGGCUGACAGUUGUAGAAUGGUUACGAUUACUGCCUUUUCUUGGAGUUCUUGCAUUGCUUGGAUACCUAGCAAUUCGGCCCUUCAUUCAUCGAAAGAAACAACAGAAAGACAGCUUGAUUAAUCUAAAAAUUCAGAAGGAAAAUCCCAAAGUGGUAAAUGAAAUAAACAUUGAAGAUCUGCAUCUCACCAAAGCAGCCUACUGCAGGUGUUGGCGCUCAAAAACGUUUCCUGUUUGUGAUGGGUCACAUAACAAACACAAUGAGCUGACUGGCGACAAUGUGGGUCCACUGAUAAUCAGGAAGAAAGAAGUAUAACUUAUUUUAUUAGGCUUUUCUUUAAUUCAUGACCUAAACUGUUCAAUUUGUGAUGUAUCUAAAAUUUGUAUACAGUAAUUGUAAACUUACAGAUUAAUAAUAAUAAUAAUCUUUGCAUUUGAUAUAGCGCUUUUCACGUCUGGACAAAGCGCUUCUCAGAACACACUGUAAAGUGAAUUGACUGUAUAUUUGUGGGCGAACGCGGCAGCCAAUUGCGCACAGCAAUGUCCCACAAACACCCGUAGAUUGAAAAUGACCAAUUUAUUAUUGUUUUUUUGUUUUGGAGGGAUUAUUAUUAGGCGUGUGGAGCAAGGAAACUUGCCCAAAGUUUCGCCCUCUGCCUGGAAUUGAACUCUGGUCUCUCGCUUGCAAAGCGAGUGCUCUAACCACUGAGCUACAGUACUCCACUAAUUAUGUGCCUUUACAGUUUGUAUAGUUAAAAUUGUAAAGCUGUUAGGCAUUACUGGAAUUAAAUCUAGUGUAAUUUGCCAAGAUGUAUAGAAAAGUCUAAAUUUGUUUGAAUUGUCUUAUCACGAUUAUAAAAAUAAAUCUAAGCUAUCUGUGACCUA